CAAGAAUUGUUGUGGCAACGACACAUUCCGCCCCCAGCAACAUAGUCACAACGCAGACUUGGUCAACCUCGUGUCACGAUCGCCUACGAGAAAUGUGUUCUCACGGGUUUUCUCAUACGAACAUCGUCGUCGCUUUCAUCACACUCAACGACAUCAUUCUUCUUCAUAUUCGAAAGCAAUCAAUACACUCUGCAACGUUGAACAUUUUCAUAUUCGACAAACCUUCUGCCUUUCGAAAAGCCACCAGGAAACAGAAACACAACCAUGACAUCGGCGAAACCGUUCAGCGAGGAGGACACCCGCUGGAAAACAUUACUUAACGACCAGCUGAGCGAAUUUCGAUUUGUGCUCGGACUAGGCAGUGUCGAAUCGAUCCGAGGCCCGAGGAAGCUCUCUAGAUACGACAUGGAUCGCGACCAGGUUGAAUUCGUCACUAUGGUCCAGCCACCGGGUAUGCUGGUAGAAGCAGGCUAUCCAGACGCUAUUUGUGUCUUGUGGAAUACGUGCCGCGUGAUCUCGGUGGACAUCGACUUGACUGGAGCGACCUGGGAAACGUUGGCCGAUCGACUUGAAACAGGACUGAUUCAGUACAUCGCCAAAAACGACGUCAACGUUCCUACUCAAGGCCGUAUGACGCUGGAAAUCCUUCGCCGUCAGAUCGCUGAUCGCGUCGCUUGGAUCGAUUACAAUACAUAUGCGACCGAAGAUUAUUUUCGCGAACCUCGCGGCCCACUGGCCAUUAACAACAAGGACUUCGUGAUGGGCCUCGCCUACAACAACAGAGACGGAAUAGUAGCUCCCGGAAACGUCAACUGCCUGGCUAUUAUUUAUUAUACAUGGCUACGCUUACAUCCACGAAACGCGAAAUAUACGCCAACAAAUUUGACGAGAGCGAAAGCAGCGCAGAUGGAACGCGAAAUUCGCGCGGUAUUUUUGAGCCAAUCCGACGACGCCCAAUCAAUGACGGAAGCCGAGUUCGUGGAGCUGCUCAAACUCGAGGCAACGACCAACGCCGAAGUCCUCGGACUUACGAAGGGCGGGAAAGGCGAUAUCACACGCCACAUUCGCCCAAGAUGGAAUGUCAUUGAACCAGGCCAGAUUCGGGACCUUGUCAUUCAGGGUUACGAUCUCAUCGAUUCGCUUACAUGUAAGGACGUCGGCCAUCAAAAGAGCAAUGCGAUGAGCCGAGAUGGAAGCGGAAGCAAGAGCGGCAAGGAUAACAAAAGUAAGACUCGUGGAUCGUCUAGCAAGUUGCCGCAGCUGGGAGGUGGAAAGCCUUUUGACCAGCCAAAUGAGGAUUCCGAGGACAUCGAAAGCAGCGUCGACGACCAGAAUGAUAGCAACGGGGAUGACGAAGAUCCCAGUAACGACGAGUCAGAAACAGGUCCAAGUGUCCCAAACAUCCGCUUAUGGCGAUACGGUGUUGACGAUUACAUGAAGUCAGAGGAAGAGUUAGACGCCGGCCUAAACAAAAGUCCUUGGGAGUUUCCCUACUAUCAUUGCGUUCACGGAGCGAUCAACAGGAAAUCGAUGCCACCACAGCAUACGAUCUUUGGCAAUGAGGUCACCGGGGAGCUAUUCAAGAUGUUGCAGAGUGGUGAAGUGACUGGGAGCGAGCUCCGUCGCUGGUAUCCAGGAAUCUUCAGUGGCGACAAAGGCGGCAUUCGUCGCGAUGUCCCACCCCUGGGACUGCCGUGCGUUAUGAACGGCAACUUUGCUGAGGCUUGUCAGGGAUACAUCCUGUGCGGCCAAGACGCUCUGGAAGGCGACUUCGAAUGCGAUGUUAACGAGAUCCUCAAAUCCAAUGCACAGAAUCGAAACAAACGCAAGAAAAAGCUCCCAUGGCAUACCUCACUUACUAUUGAUGCUUUCACCGCGAAGUUCAAGAAGGCCAAUCGCCAUUGGCUUAGCGAGUCCGACCUCGUGUUCGAUCCGGAGAACGUUAAGUGCUGGCCGGUGGAGGUCGAUCUCGCCUCAAUCAAUGCCGACGAAGCAUGGCUCGAUAAGCUUCAGCAUCUGCGAGGCUCUGAAGAUUCAGUAGCUCGAAGAGCAGUCCAAGAAUUCGUUAUGGAUGUUCGCAACAUGAAGAAUGAUAUUGCGGGGUUCGUCCAUCCCAAGUUUGACGGGAAAGCGAAGCCAACACCUGUGGAUUACGACAAUCCUGACGUUAUUACAUGUAGCAAGCGGCUCUUCGUCGGGCGGAGCGAGAAUCGUAAAGGCUGGGCCCCGGCGGACGAGGCUCUUGCUUUCGAAACCAUUCAGAGCAGUCAAAACGAAUACUUGGAGCCAGAAGACUUGUCAGACAAUGAUGAUAACGAUCUAACCAAGCAUGACCACGAUGCUGCCUUCGUCGGCUUUCGCACACGGCUGUCACAACCAAAUUCGAAAAAGCGCAAGACCACAGAUGACUUCACGGACGACGAAAAGCCAGUGCCCAAGGCCUUGAAGACGGGUCGCCUCUUGAAUGUUCCCAGCAAUCAAGUUCUCUUCGACCGCUACAUGCACAAGCAAUUAUGGGACCAGGAUAUCGAGAACCAGAUCGUGAAGCUGUUCAUCGAGCAAGAUCGUCGUGAUGAGGCUCGUCUUAAGGAACAGGCGACGAUAUCGUCUACGGAUACGACCGCAAUGCUGCCCCCGAUUCCAAGUGACAGCUCGCAAUCUCGCAAGACCAAGGGCCGCGCAAGUAGUGUCUUGUCUUCGGUGGCUCUACCGAGCCCGACUCCAACGAAGACGACUGCGAGUGCGCCAGCCGUCAAGGGCAACGAUACUCCGAAUACGACUGCUGGGCCAGCCAAAACGACGACCGCUGCCGUCACUCAGCCUCGUCGCUCUCGGCGCGAUCGAAAGACACGCCAGUGAGGGACCUUAUCAUGAGAAAACGUAAGGAUUGCCUACAUGGGCAGGCAGGCGAUGACUAUGACUCUAGAAGGACCGCAGUACCAUCUCUGUAUUCGAAAGCAGUCUUUGUUGAUUUUUCAGAUUCUUUCUAUAGCCGUGAUCGAAUGUUGAAUGCAGUAGUGCGUCGAGA